AUGGCUUCGAUUUUUCAAGGUUUCGAUCGAACGUACCAUCGGUGUAGUCAUAGGGAUGAAACUUCUAUCCAUGCUCUUCGUGAUUGCUCUAAGGCUAGUGCGGUUCUUUCUUUUUAUGGGCUUGACGGAUGCUUGCUUGAAUCUAAUUGUGAGAGUUGUAUUGAUUGGCUUGAGGAUGCUACUUGCCUGUUGGAUCUUAAGGUAUUUGAGAAUCUUAUCAUGGUUUUAUGGAAUAUUUGGAACAACCGUAACAAUGCCUUGUUUCGUGGUAAGAAGGAUGAUGCUCGGAUGGUUUGGGAGCAGGUGAGAACAUUGAGGAAUGAAUUUAGGAUCUUUAACCUUACACAUGCCCCGAUAAACCCCAAGCCCUCUAGGACCUAUAGGUGGAUCAAGUCUCCGAAUGAUUUUGUGAAGAUCAAUGUUGAUGCGGCUAUUGUUGUCUCGGCAGUGGGCAUUGGGGUUAUUGCGUGGGAUUGUGACGAUUUUGUGCUAGGUGGCCGUGCGAUUUAUAUGGAUUAUAAUAUGGAUGUUGAUUGGGCUGAGGCGGAAGCCUUAAGGGAAGGGAUUAUUUAG